GCAAUGGAGCAAAAAAGCUGACGUUAUAUUUUUUUUUUUAUCUCGAGAAAACUGAAAAUCUGAGAGAAAAAUAGAAGACAUGGGAAGAAAGUAAGCUCUAAAGCUGGUCGCCUGACUGUGAUACUCAUUGCAUCUUAUAUUAUCGGCUUACAUAUGAAUAGAAAUAAAUUAUUUGAAUCAUUUAGCUUCAGACAGUGUUGAAAGUAAAGGAGGAGGAGGAUUUGUAGAUAAAGUGAAAGUUAAGUAUAAUCUAUGCAUCCUCACCUUCCAAUUUGGUUGGCGGACUUAGAUGGAUGUUCCCUCUCCAGAACCAAAUAGUGAUGCUCAAAGUGACCAAUUUCCUUUGCUAUUAGAGCAGAUGGAAAGCCCUAAUGAUCAUGUGCACAUAAUUGAUGUAACAAGGAAUCGUGAUACUUCAGCAAGUUCAUCUAGUGAUGACCAACCUCCUAGAGUGGACUUGCCUCAGCAUGAAGACAGACCAUUGGCUAGUACACAUGCCCCCACCUAUCAAGCUGCUUCAUCCUCAAACAGAUUAAAUUCUAGGAAUUCGUCAUUUAUGAGGAGAGGUGAUGGGUACAGUCGUCGCCGAAGAAGCCCUUUGAAUUCAGGGUUAUGGAUUUCUGUUGAGCUUGUUGUCACUGUGAGUCAGAUUAUAGCAUCUAUUGUUGUUUUGUCAUUGUCAACAAAUGAAAAUCCACAAGCCCCUUUGUUUGCAUGGGUUGUGGGUUAUGCAUCAGGUUGUGUUGCAACACUUCCUAUUCUUUACUGGAGGUUCCGUAACCGCAACAGAGGUGCUGAGCAAGAAUCCAUUCAAUCGCAUCAAGGGUCUUCUGAAAGCAAUCUUCCUGAACCAAUGUCUUAUACAGCUAUUUCAAUUUCUCAAGCGUCUGAUGAAGAAAACAAUCGCACCUCAGAAACAGUCACAAAUAACCCUCAAAUUGCAGGACCCUUAAGUGCAAGACUUAAUGGGUUAGUGGAUCAUUUCAAGAUGGCCUUAGAUUGCUUUUUUGCAGUCUGGUUUGUGGUAGGCAAUGUGUGGAUUUUUGGAGGUCACUCUUCUCCCUCUGAUGCUCCAAAAUUGUACAGGUUAUGCAUAGUGUUCCUAACCUUUAGUUGUAUCGGAUAUGCCAUGCCAUUCAUACUAUGUGCAACAAUUUGUUGCUGCCUGCCCUGCAUCAUCUCUGUCCUGGGAUUUCGAGGGGAUUUUUCUCAGACUAGAGGAGCCACUGCGGAAUCAAUUAAUGCUCUCCCAACCUACAAAUUCAAGUUAAAGGAAAAUGAGACCAAUAAUGAUCACGAGUGCAACCUGGAUAGUGAAGGUGGGCUCUUGGCUGCAGGGACAGAAAAGGAGCGCGCAAUAUCAGGAGAAGAUGCGGUUUGUUGUAUUUGCUUGGCAAAGUAUGCAGAUGAGGAUGAGCUAAGAGAGCUACCAUGUUUACAUGUCUUUCACGUGGAGUGCGUUGACAAAUGGUUGAAAAUCAAUGCAUCGUGUCCCCUCUGUAAAAGUGAGGUUGGAGAGAGCAGCAGUGCCUCACCAUUGGCCAGAGACUCGGACCAGCAGUAGAGUGAGGGAGAUGGGCUCAGCUGAUGACAUUGUAUACGAAAGCACAGGCUUUAUUCUGAAUUCUCAAAUGGUCAAACCCCAAUUGGGUGUUCGUCGAAGUGCAAAAAAUUCCAUAUUGUUUCACAGAAGAGCCUUUGACGAGUCUCUUGUCUCAGGUUCUGUCAUGGGGACACGCGGUUCAGUAUAUCUGUAAAUUUCAUAUGUACUAUUCAAAUAUACAGGUGAGUUUUGUGCCUUGUCCUGUACUCUUUUUGUUUGGUGGGCACAUUCAUGGAGCCCUUGCUAUGGAAGGAAAAAAUGAUAAACAUGUCUCAUGUCCAAACUA